AUACCAACGUAACAUACUUCAGUUACAUUAUAUGCUGUCUUUUAAAUCACAAAUAAAUUAUAUAGAUGUUGAUUACAAUUUCUGCACCAAUAAUUUAUCAUAUUAUAAUAUUGAGCUAAAAUUUAAACUUGUAUUAUCCCAAACCUAUUUCAAACAAUAGAAAUACGAUAUAUGGUAUUAAAAAUACGGUAUAUAUGCAUAUAUGAAAUGUGCACAGAACGUUGAUUUUGAUAUGUAUCAAUGUCAUUGUAAUCGGCAACCGUUUUGUAAAUAAGUAUUCAGAGAGAACCAGAAUUAUUCGCUUAUCUCUUGUGUUAAUGUAGAACGCUGCAAUAACAUUGUUUAUUAUAUUAAUAAAGUAAAAUGAGAAACUACUUAAUACUGCACGUAUACGUAACUAACGAAGGAUACUGUUGAUAUGAAUUAAGGUUAAUAAAUGAAAUUUUCCAGCUUGUGUAUGUGUAGCCAAAUAUUUUAAGUUAAUACUGUAUUGUCUUUAUUAACAUUUGUAAAUUAUGAUACAAUCACAAAAAUCUCGCGACCUUGAAUUGGCAUAUAAACUACAUCAACAAGAUAAUUGUUUUGGAUUAACAGAAAAUGCAGUCUUACCAAAAAAUAAAGAUAAGGAAGAUUAUAAACCAAGAACAUUAAUUGAUCAAACCUUGGAAUUAAUUGAUCCAACACCUAAUAUUCAUACAUUGUUUGUACAAUUUAAUGAGCGUUAUUUCUGGAAUGUUUUGCUUCCUGUGGAAGUUAAAUGGAGUCCUAAAAUGACAAGUUGUGCUGGUAUAUGUACUUUUCAUCCUCGAAAUCGACAAUGUAUAAUUUCACUUAGUGCACCAUUAUUAAAACUUAGACCAAGGAAAGAUCUAGUUGAGACCUUACUACAUGAAAUGAUUCAUGGGUACUUGUUCCUCACGAACAAUAAUCGUGACAGAGAUGGACAUGGUCCAGAGUUUUGUAAACAUAUGAAUAGAAUAAAUAAAGCAGCUGGUACAAAAAUAACUAUAUAUCACAAUUUUCAUGAUGAAGUUAGAUCAUAUCAACAACAUUGGUGGAGAUGUAAUGGUCCUUGUCAAAAGAAAGCUCCAUACUUUGGAACAGUACGCAGAGCUAUGAAUCGUGCUCCAGGUCCAACUGAUUUUUGGUGGAAAGAACAUCAACAAACUUGUGGUGGUCAAUUCAUUAAAAUUAAAGAACCAGAGAAUUUUAAAAUAAAAUCUUCAAAGAGUAAAGAGAAAACAAAGCCUUCUCCUAAAAAUUAUAAUCAACCAAGUACUAUGUUCAACUGGCUUAUGAAAACUACUUCACCUAUCACAGAAUCAAAAAUUGUAUCCAUUCCAAAAAGUAUCAAAUCAGUUGUAAAUAAUCAAAAUUCUUUAAAUGGAUUUAAAAGACUUGGAAAUAGUACAAGCAAUGUUCAUGGUUGGGGUACAGGAGGUCCAAACUGUUCAAGUAAUUCACAAAAAUAUGGUAGUCCUAGCAGUAUUACUAAAAUUUCUAGUACACCUAAAUUUUCAUCUUCUGGAGUUGUUGGUGGCUCUAAUAUAGGCCAAAGUAAUUUAUUGAACAAAUUAUAUAAUGUUAAUUAUAAUCAGGCUUUAAAUAAAAAUACUACACCAAGGAAAACAAUAAAUUCAUUAAUUAAUGCUGUAGAAAUGGAGAAACCAAUUGCUAAAAAUAGUAAAUUAUUAAAUGAAGUACAAACAAAACUUGUGAAAUGUCCAAUAUGCAAUAAUUUUGUGCCAAAUGAGAUGAAUAAACACAUAGAUUUUUGUUUAAGUUCAAGAAAUGAAAAAGUAGACAAAAGUAAAGAGCAAAUUACAAUAAAAAAUUCUAAUAAUGGUAAUUCUGCAAAUUUAGAAAUAAAAGCAAAUAAUUCGCCAUCUGCUAAAAAAAGAAAAAAUGAAUCAAGUACUUUUUCAAGCAAACAGCCAAAAUUAGAUCAGUUACAAAAUUCUAGAAAAGUAAAUUGUCCUAUUUGUAGUAAUAGUUUUAAUCUUAUAGAUAUAAAUGAGCAUAUUGAUAAGUGCCUUCUAGAAACAGAUGAUAAUUUAGUUAUUAAAUUAGAUGAUACAGACGAUGAUAAUACAAGCAUAAACGAAAGUAUAAUUUCUAUUAGUAGUGCGUCUAGUGAUGAUUCAUUCAGUUUCUCAGUUACCGAAAAUUCGAAAAAUACUAGUCAGAAUACAAAAGUUAAAAAAAACAAUGUAAUGAAUACUGUUUCACAUAAUUGUUUAGUAUGUAAUGAAUUCAUUCCUUUUGGAGUCUCGUUAAAUGAUCAUUUAGAAGAUUGUAUUGGGAAUGUUUUUAACGAUGACAUAUCUUCAUCAAUUCAUUGUAGUAACAGCGAAAUUUCGAAUGCAGUUCUUGAAGUAUCAAUUGAGCAGAAUAAAUAUCCUUGUCCUGUUUGUAUGAAAUUAAUAAUAGAAUCUCAAAUGAAUCAGCAUUUAGAUGUAUGUCUCACAAAUACGUGAAUACAAUAAAUCUAUAACAUUUCAGUAUGAUUUGCAUUAACUAAUAAGUGUAUGGAAAUAGAGUGAUGUGAAUGUCAUUUUAUAUGUAUCUAAAUCCUACAAUUUUGUAUACUCUAUCGUUUUGUAUUAUUUAAUAAACAUUUUUUUUAUAAA